CGUCAACUGCAGCGUCAAUCAGCUCGCCCCCCGCGUUAUUAAGCAAAAACCUCCGCGGCACUUUCAGCUUUGGAAGGCUCUGGCGGCGGCGGCUCAGCGUUUAUUUUCAGCUCACAGUCUCACUUCGCAGAUUUGAAUUAGCUCUGCAGAAACGAAUUCCAGGUUGCCAUGGAUGACGUUUGCGAAGGUAAAGACUUCUCCUUCCCCAAACAAGAGGAGAAAAUACUCGAACUGUGGUCUGAUAUCGAUGCAUUCAAGACCCAAUUAGCUCGCUCCGCUAACAAUCCUGAAUACAUCUUCUACGAUGGUCCACCCUUCGCGACGGGCCUCCCUCAUUAUGGCCACAUACUUGCUGGCACCAUUAAGGACAUUGUCACCCGCUACCAGACCAUGACGGGUCAUCAUGUCACCCGACGCUUUGGCUGGGACUGUCAUGGUUUACCUGUGGAGAAUGAGAUUGACAAGAAGCUAGGAAUUAAGAAGAGAGAAGAUGUGUUGAAAAUGGGAAUUGACAAGUACAAUGAGGAGUGUAGGAGUAUUGUAACCCGUUACGUUGGGGAGUGGGAGGAGGUUAUUACACGCACGGGGCGAUGGAUUGAUUUCAGAAACGAUUACAAGACAAUGGACCUCAAAUUCAUGGAAUCUGUUUGGUGGGUCUUUGCCCAGCUCUACGAGAAGGGCCUUGUCUACAAAAGCUUCAAGGUCAUGCCCUAUAGCACUGGUUGCAAAACACCAUUAUCUAAUUUUGAGGCUGGUCAAAAUUACAAGGAUGUACCUGAUCCUGAAGUAUUAGUGUCAUUUCCGGUGAUUGGUGAUCUGCAUAAUGCAUCAUUUGUAGCUUGGACAACAACUCCAUGGACUCUUCCAAGCAAUCUCGCUCUUUGCGUUAAUGCUGACUUUACCUAUGUGAAGGUUCGCAAUAAAUAUUCGGGUAAAGUUUAUAUUGUUGCUGAAUCACGUCUAAUUUCACUUCCUACGGAGAAACCCAAAGAAACUGUCACUAAUGGAUCGGUUGAUGGUCCCAAAAAAGCAAAUGCAAAGACUAAAGGGUCAUCAAGUGGAAAGACAGAAAAUGUUUUGGAUUCUUUUGAAGUGCUGGACAAAUUGUCAGGGGCUUCACUAGUAGGAAAGAAGUAUGAACCACUGUUCAAUUACUUUAUGGAGUUAGCUGACACUGCUUUUAGAGUUGUUGCGGACAAUUAUGUUACUGAUGACAGCGGUACUGGCGUUGUCCAUUGUGCUCCUGCUUUUGGAGAAGAUGAUUUCCGUGUUUGUAUUGAUAAUAAAAUUCUUAGGAAGGAGAAUCUAACUGUUGCUGUCGAUGAUGAUGGCUGCUUUACUGCCAAAAUCACCGACUUUAGUGGCCGCUAUAUCAAAGAUGCAGAUAAGGAUAUUGUUGAAGCUGUGAAGGCAAAGGGUAGGCUAAUUAAGUUUGGAACCUUUACGCAUUCUUAUCCAUUUUGCUGGAGAUCUGGGACACCUCUAAUUUACAGAGCUGUUCCUAGCUGGUUUGUUCAAGUGGAGAAGUUGAAAGAGCAAUUGUUGGAAAAUAACAGGCAGACUUAUUGGGUUCCAGAUUUUGUGAAGGAUAAGCGAUUCCACAAUUGGCUGGAAAAUGCAAGAGAUUGGGCAAUUAGUCGUAGUAGAUUUUGGGGGACCCCUCUUCCAAUAUGGAUCAGUGAGGAUGAAGAGGAAAAAAUUAUCAUGGAUUCUGUUGCAAAACUUGAAAAGCUUUCUGGUGUAAAGGUCUUUGAUCUUCAUCGUCACAACAUUGAUCAUAUCACAAUUCCAUCUAAACGUGGUCCAGAAUAUGGUGUGCUUCGACGGGUUGAUGAUGUUUUUGACUGCUGGUUUGAGAGUGGCUCCAUGCCGUAUGCGUAUAUCCAUUAUCCUUUUGAGAAUAUAGAGCUGUUUGAGAAGAAUUUUCCAGGACAUUUUGUGGCUGAAGGACUAGAUCAAACUCGUGGAUGGUUUUAUACCCUUAUGGUGUUGGCUACUGCCUUAUUUGGAAAGCCUGCCUUUAGGAACUUGAUUUGCAAUGGACUUGUCCUUGCUGAAGAUGGGAAAAAAAUGAGUAAAAGCUUGAAAAAUUAUCCCUCACCAAUGGAAGUCAUCAAUGAUUAUGGAGCGGAUGCAUUGCGACUGUACCUUAUAAACUCUCCUGUUGUCCGUGCUGAGACUCUGCGUUUCAAGAAGGAUGGGGUUUAUGGAGUUGUUAGAGAUGUUUUCCUACCUUGGUAUAAUGCUUACAGGUUCCUUGUUCAAAAUGCAAAGAGACUUGAAAUUGAGGGGCUAGCUCCUUUUGUCCCUAUUGAUCAGUCUACACUUCAAAAGUCAUCUAAUGUUCUUGAUCAAUGGAUCAACUCAGCAACACAGAGCCUUGUUCAUUUUGUCCGCCAAGAAAUGGAUGGUUACCGACUUUACACGGUGGUGCCAUAUCUUCUCAAGUUUCUUGAUAACCUUACAAAUAUAUAUGUGCGGUUCAACCGCAAGAGACUAAAAGGUCGCACUGGAGAAGAUGACUGCCGGACAGCACUCUCGACUCUUUAUAAUGUUCUUUUGGUGGCCUGUAAAGUAAUGGCUCCAUUUACACCCUUCUUCACUGAGGUACUCUAUCAGAAUAUGCGGAAAGCCUGCAAUGGUUCUGAGGAAAGUAUACAUUAUUGCAGUUUUCCUCAAGAAGAAGGAAAGAGGGGGGAACGAAUUGAACAAAGUGUUUCAAGGAUGAUGACUAUAAUUGAUCUUGCUCGAAACAUCCGUGAGCGUCAUAACAGGCCUCUUAAAGCACCCCUUAGGGAAAUGGUGAUAGUCCAUCCUGAUGCUGAUUUUCUCGAGGACAUGGCUGGAAAGCUCAGAGAGUAUGUCUUGGAGGAACUGAAUGUACGAUCACUUGUACCAUGUAAUGAUACUUUGAAGUAUGCAUCUUUGCGUGCUGAACCUGAUUUCAGCAUACUUGGCAAGCGACUUGGAAAAUCUAUGGGCAUUGUUGCCAAAGAGAUUAAAUCAAUGUCCCAGGAAAAUAUUUUGGCUUUUGAGAACAGUGGGGAAGUUAUAAUUGCAAAUCACUGUUUGAAGCAGACUGAUAUUAAGAUUCUUCGUGAUUUUAAACGCCCUGAUGGCAUGACAGAGAAGGAAAUUGACGCGGCAGGGGAUGGUGAUGUUUUAGUGAUACUGGAUUUGCGUCCUGACGAGUCAUUGUUUGAGGCUGGUGCUGCUCGUGAGAUUGUUAACAGAAUUCAGAAGUUACGGAAGAAAUCUGCUCUCGAACCUACAGACAUGGUGGAGGUUUAUUUUGAAUCAUUGGAUGAAGAUAAAUCAGUUUCUCAGAGAGUUUUGCGCUCACAGGAAUCCUACAUCAGAGAUGCUAUUGGUUCUCCCUUGCUUUUUUAUUCUAUGCUGCCUUCACAUGCUGUGGUUCUGGGUGAGGAGAAGUUCUAUGGGAUUUCCGGCAUGUCAUUUGGCAUCACCUUGGCGAGACCUGCUCUGAUGUUUAAUUCAGAAGCCAUUGUCUCACUUUUUGCAGGUGAAGCAAAAUUCGGACAUAAUCUACAAACGUACCUUUUAUCAAGAGAUCAUUCAAAUUUAAAGGUCGAGUUUCAAGAAGGAAAUGGAAAGAAAAUGGUUGACUCUAUUGAAAACCAACCCGCUGUAGAAGUGGUUCUUGGGAAGCAUGUGUUUCUUACCGUGGGUGACUUCUAUCAGUCUGCAAAAUCGUAGAUUGGAUCGUACAACCUUUUGAUAGGAGUUGAUGUGCAACACAAAAUAUACUGGCUUCCUGAUUUUGAUGCGUGGGAGGUUAAUUAUUUUUGAUAUUGUAUACAAUACAUGGCGGAACGAUCCCAAAAAAAAAAAAAAAAGUUCUAUUGUGUGUACGACGCUAAGUUAUAUUGUAAAGCAAACACUUUCCUGUAACUCUAGCUAAUGCAUUGCCAAUUCUUUUGUAAUUUAAAUUUCUUGUUAUUAUGACUUUUCUAUAUCAAGGACAUAAUUUUUUUUGCGAAAGCAUUA